GGAGUUGGCCGCAGAUAAGAACUAAAAGAACUAAAUAGGGAAGCAUUCAUAUUUCAAGAUCUCUAAGAAGAGGUAGCAAAUAUUUAAUAUGGAACAAAACCCUUGUGACUCAAAUAAUGAGGAUCUUUUAUCAAGUAGUGGCAUUACAUCCAAUGCAGGUUCUUCAGGUUCAUUUUUUAUGUCAUCUAUUCGUGGAACAAUAAUUGAAAACACAUCUUCAACUGGGACUUUGACGCAAAUCCCUUUUUACCCUAAAUAUGAAGUGGAACUUGAUUCUCACAGAAAAGUCAUUCCUUACCCUGGAAAGGAACACAUUGAACGUGUUUUGGAAGAAUAUUCACAUCAAGUCAAAGAUUUGCAGAGAAGACUAAAUGAAAGCAAUGAAUUGCAUGAGAAACAAACAUUUUACUUAAGACAGUCAGUCAUUGGUUUGCAAACAAAACUUAAAGAGAUGCAGAUGGAGAGAGAUGCCAUGGCUGACAUCAGACGAAGAGAGAGUCAGUCCCAGGAGGAUUUAAGAAAUCAGCUUCAAAAUACCAUUCAUGAACUUGAGGCUGCCAAAUGCCUUAAGGAUGAUAUGCUGAAAGACAGCAACACACAGAUAGAGCAGCUAAGAAAGACGAUGCUUGCUCAUGAGCGAGUGCUUCAAGAAAUUCGAUCAGUCCUAGUUGACUUUGAAGAAGCCUCAGGCAAGAAAAUAUAUGAGCAUGACAGCAUGUCUACCAUCCACUUCCGCAGCAUGGGCUCAGCUAUUAGUAAAAUCCUAAGAGAAUUAGACACAGAGAUUUCUUAUCUUAAAGGGAGGAUAUUUCCAGUAGAGGAUCAGCUUGAAACACUGAAAUCUGAAUCACAGAACAAAAUAGAGCUACUACUUCAACAACAUCAAAAUAGGAUUGAGCAGUUAAUCAGUGAAUAUGAAAUUGAAAAAGCAGGACUUACUGAGAAAGCUAGCAGUGCUCGGAGCCAAGCCAGUAGUAUCCAAAGUCAACUGGAAAUCAUUCAAGAACAAGCAAGAAACCAAAAUUCAAUGUAUAUGCGUCAACUCAGUGACCUGGAAUCUACUGUUUCUCAGCUACGUUCUGAAUUAAGGGAAGCCAAAAGGAUAUAUGAAGACAAAAUAGAAGAGCUGGAGAAGCAGUUAGUUCUUGCGAACUCAGAACUAAUGGAAGCACGGACGGAACGUGAUCAGUUCAGUGAGGAAUCUGGAAAUCUGGACGAUAAACUUCAAAAGCUCUUGGCUGAUCUGCAUAAACGAGAGAAGGAGCUGAGUCUCGAGAAGGAACAGAAUAAGCGUCUGUGGGACCGGGACACAGGCAACAGCAUCACCAUCGACCACCUGCGGCAGGAGCUGGACAACAGGAACAUGGAGGUGCAGCGCCUGGAGGCCCUCCUCAAGGCCAUGAAGAGCGAGUGUCAGGACCAGAUGGAACGGCAGAUGGCAGCAAUUCAGGGAAAGAAUGAAAGUCUCGAAAAAGUGUCCUCCUUGACUGCUCAGCUUGAAUCCACCAAAGAGAUGCUCCGCAAAGUCGUAGAAGAGCUGACAGCCAAGAAGUUGAGCCUGGAGAGCUCCGAGAGGACUGUGUUGGACCUGACAGCUUCGUUCCAGGAGAAGGAGAGAGCCAUCGAGGCCACCAACUCGGAGAUCAUGAGGCUGCGCUCCCGGGUGGACUUGAAGCUGCAGGAGCUGCAGCAUCUGAAGAAUGAAGGGGCUCACCUCAGAAACGUGCAGACAGAAUGCGAGGCCCUCAAGCUGCAGAUGGCAGAGAAGGACAAAGUGGUCGAGAUCCUGCGGCAACAGAUUGAAAAGAUGACGCAGCUGGUGGGCCAGCACGGACGGACGGCUGGCGCUAUGCAAGUAGAGAAAGCCCAGCUGGAGAAAGAGAUCAAUGAUAGGAGACUGGAGCUACAGGAAGUUAAGAUUUUGAAAGAUAAAAAAGAUGCAAAGAUACGGGAGCUUGAAGCCAGAGUGAGUGACCUGGAGCUGGAAAAUGUGAAGCUGGUGAAUGCAGGCUCUGAGCGGCUCCGUGCAGUGAAGGACAUCACACAAGAGAGAGAUCGUUUAUUAAGUGAGGUGAAAGCUAGUAGGAAUGAGUUAAACAGUCUUACAGAGGACUAUGAAGUCUUAAAAAGGAAUUUUCGAAACAAAAGUGAAGAAAUGGAAACUACUACAAAUAAGCUGAAAAUGCAAUUAAAAUCUGCACAGUCUGAGCUAGAACAAACAAGAAAUACAUUAAAGUCAAUGGAAGGAUCUGAUGGUCACGCUAUGAAAGUGGCAAUGGGGAUGCAAAAACAAAUUACGGCUAAAAGAGGUCAGAUAGAUGCUCUUCAGAGCAAGAUACAAUUUUUAGAAGAGGCCAUGGCAAAUGCAAACAAGGAAAAGCAUUUGCUAAAAGAAGAAAAGACAAAAUUAAGCCAGGAAUUGAGUACUGUUGCAGCAGAGAAAAACAAGAUGGCGGGAGAACUAGAAGUCCUACGAUCUCAGGAACGCCGACGGAAAGAAAAGGUUGCUAAUAUGGAAGUUGCUCUUGAUAAGGCAUCUUUGCAGUUUGCAGAAUGUCAAGAUAUAAUACAGCAUCAGGAACAAAAAUCAGUGCACCUAAAACUUCAACACACUUUGGAUGUAAAAGAACUUAAGGGCCCUGGUUACACCUCCAAUUCUUCUGUGAAACCACGCCUUCUACAGCCAUCUGCUGCCCAGUCUGCAGCCAGCUUCCUAUCUCAUCACUCUACGAAACCUAAUACAAAGGAAGAUCCAACGAGGGACUUGAAACAGCUUCUCCAGGAGUUGAGAAGUGUGAUCAACGAGGAGCCACCCGUGCGCCUGGGCAAGAGCGAGGAAGACGGGAGAGCACCAUCUCUGGGGUUCUCCUAUGUGGCUGUAGAUGAUAGAAUAAGAGAUUGCAUUACUGAAUCAAGGCUGAGAUUAGAGAUAUGCCAUAGAAGCAACACCUCAUUAAGGGAAUGCACUGAAGGCAGCGAAUCAAGUGAAACUCUUCACAGAGAGCCAGUCACAUUACACACAGGAGAGUUGGAAGAUCCACCUAGUUGCUUCACAUUCCCAUCUGCAGGAAGUCCAUCUGCGAAAAAUUCAGCUUCUCAUUCAUUCCAUUCUUCUCCUAAGAAGUCUUCAAUUCACUCAUCCCUAACUAGUUCGGCUGAAGAUUCUAUAGGUUCCACACCACAGUAUAGAUCCACCAAGCCUGUUCAUUCACCUGAUUCUGUUAAAGCUUCACAGUCUCAGCCAAUAGAAACAACUGGAAAAACAUGCAGGAAGCUUCAGAACAGACUGGAAAGCUUGCAGACUCUGGUAGAAGAUUUACAGAUGAAGAAUGAAGCAAUGUCUUCAAUGAUCAGAAAUCAAGAAGAGAGGAUACAGAAAGUGAAAGACCAGGAAAAAAUGUUACUAAAAUGA